AUGACGCCUCGCAGAAUACUCAUCCCAGCCCAUCUGUCUCACAAGAGCGCGCUCGUGUUGCUACCGCCAUCUGCUAUCGAGGCGCCGAUAGAGGCUGUGCGGCGUGUGCAUGACAAAGUUUUCGCGCGCUGGCCUCCGCACAUAAACCUCAUCUAUCCAUUCCUUGCGCUACCCUCUGUGCAGGGCGAAGGCUCAUGGUCGCCAGAGUUGAAGGAACACAUUCGUUGUCGUAUCAAGAAAGUCACGAGACAGAUCGAGCCGUUCCAUAUGAGUCUACUGACUGAAGGACCCAAGUCCUUUAUCCACACCAGCAAAUCCCGAACGGUAUGGUUGCAGCCCUCUUCCGACUUGGUCAGCGGCCUGCAGGCAGCCCUUCAGACAGAAUUCGCGGAGUGCCAUCAUGACCAACGCCCCUUCGUGCCACAUCUAUCAUUAGGCCAGGCAGAAUCGGAUGCUCAACAGACGCGAAUUCGCAUAGAGCUUCACAACAGGGUCACGGAGUAUUCCACUGACAGUGAGACGAAAGAACUACCCUGGUUUGUCGAUACCAUCUACGUCAUCGAACGCAAAGGCUUCAAAGAUCGAUUCAAUAUCGUUGGUGGCAUAAAGCUGGGAGAAGACUGA